GGGCGUUGUGACGAGGAGUUUCGCGAAAUGCUCAGCGGCGCUCGAGUGAUGUCCAAAUUUGGUUUCCUCGCCCGGGUGAAAGGCGACGAGGCGAAGAGGCGCUGGGUCAUCGACUUCCAGGCGUCCAGCGCCACUUCAGCCGCGGCGAAGACUCGCGGGGUGCCCCUGCCUACCUCCAGGCGCCCAGCGCCACUUCAGCCGCGGCGAAGACUCGCGGGGCGCCUGCCUCGCUCCAUGGGCGCUGGCCUGGGCGCCCUGAAGCUGUUUGUCCACCGCAGGGGUGACAUCCAGUUCGGGGUCGAGUGGCUCGUCGCUGACUUCAGCGACGCUGUCUGGAACGCACCGCUCGCCGUCGAGGAGCGCCGCGUCUUCGUUGCGCGGUUCGGCGUCGACUAUCGGUGCUGCCGGGCGGCGCAGGGGGGCCGCGAUGGCCCCUGUGUUUGGGCGUCUGUGGCCGCGCUGCUGGCGAGGCCGUCGCAAGCCGUGUUCAUGGGCCCCUCCUUCCCACGAGUUUUCGGAGCUGCGGGCGGCGCCCCGGCUGGGGGCCUACGUCGACGAUUUGAUUUUUGCCGCGGCAGGAUCUCCAGUGAGACGUGGGUUGAUGUUGCGUGCAACGAUGCCGGCCUGGAGUCUGCGUGGCUUCGGACUUUCAUUCCAGACAGCAAAGCACGGCGCGGCCGCUGUCUGGGCUGGGGCAAGGGCAGCCCCUCGGCCAG